CUGGCAGCCUUUUAAUGUUUAAAAAAUGCACAUGGCCUUUUAAGAAGUGGUUGUGCUUCAUAGUUAAUAUAUUUUUUUAAUUAGUUUAGAUUCAUCUGGUUUUUCAGUGAGGUGAGCUACUCAAGAUCCACAGGAAGAUAGAACCUGCCAGUUCAGAGGACUGACUUUGGCUUGAAGAUAAAAUAUUUGGGUCAUUUUACAGCAAGUACUUCCAGCACAAUGCUUUCUUCUGAUGAUUCAUUUUCUACACUUAUUGGAAGUGGUAAGAAAUCCACAGAGGUUACAGUAUUUGUAAACUUGUAGAGACAUGUGCCAUUACAUCAUGCUGUUUCAUAGAUGUGUAUGUCUGUUAGUUACAUUUUGGGCAUUCAUUAUAUAUAUGUCUGUUACUUACUUUUGAGGUAUUCAGUGUCUGAGCUUUAUCAAUUAUCAUGUGCUCUUUUUUUAGCCUAAAAAACUAAGUUAGAGAAAUGUUUGCUCAUCCAAGUCUGUAUUGUUGUAUCUUAUUCGGUAGACUGCUGUUGUAUUUUUAAUUUCUCUGUAAAGCAAGCCGAAAGACAGUGUGGACAACCUAAUUGCAUUUGAAAUAGCUGCUGGCCAGGCCUGCUGCAACAGCUGAUGAGCUCCUCUGAAUUUCCAGAGCUAUUUCUGGUAGAUGAGCUGGUAUCAAGGCUCUCGAGUUCAGGCCAUAAAAGGCCCGUCCCAUGUGGAGUUGCUUCACUGCUCUGACGGCGUCCUCCCCAGGCUGAAGUGUCCUCGGGUUUCAUGUGGAUUUGCCCAGUAAUGGAUGGCUUCACCGAGGCCAGGUUGGGGAAGUUCAGCCUCAAGGACACCAGGGGACGGAAAACUUCAAAAAGAAGACUCUUUUUAUUAAUAUUUUGGCGUUCUUUUUGGAGAGAAACUUUUGGGAUGUAGCCUUCACCUAUUUCCUAAAUUUGACAUCCAAAAAGCCUUUUGGAAAACACCAUUCUAAAUUUAUCCUGUUCUGAAUCAUCAUCGCUUCUGAUAGAUGCAAUUGUUUGUUGACAUCGUGAUCUUUGAUUUUGUACGCUAUUUGGGCUAACUUUUGAGAUUGUGCUUUGUGCUUAGAAUUUGAAAGUAGUAUUCAUUGGAAAGAGACUCCAAGAAAAUACUCGAAGACAUCCAAAGCUGGAUUCGAGGAUAUAACGUGUUUUUGUUUUUGUUUUUUCUUAAUUAGAAAAAUAAGGAAUUGCAGUGUGAUUUUCUUUCCCCCUUUAACUUAGAGGAACGAAGAUUAUACAGAAAUUCAAAAUUUCAACAAGAAAAACUUAAGCUUCGUUGGAUUCUCACAUCAAAGAAAAGUUUCAAGCUUUCAGAAAGAGUUGUCACUCGAAGAUCAAGAACAGCUCCCUAACCACAAAAGAGGAAUCGAUGCUAAGCUUUCAGCUGCACUUCCGAAAGUUGCAGAAUUAAGACAAAUCUUUGAACCAAAGAAAGACGAAUUCUUAGAAAUGAAAAGAAAAGAAAGAAUUGCCAGGCGCCUGGAAGGAAUUGAAAAUGACACCCAGCCCAUCCUCUUGCAGAGCUGCACAGGGUUAGUGACUCACCGCCUGCUGGAGGAAGACACCCCUCGAUACAUGCGAGCCAGCGACCCUGCCAGCCCCCACAUCGGCCGAUCAAAUGAAGAGGAGGAAACUUCUGAUUCUCCUCUAGAAAAGCAAACUCGAUCUAAGUACUGCACAGAAACCUCCAGCGUCCACGGUGACUCACCCUAUGGUUCUGGUACCAUGGACACCCACAGCCUGGAGUCCAAAGCGGAAAGAAUCGCAAGGUACAAAGCAGAAAGAAGACGACAGUUGGCAGAGAAAUAUGGGCUGACUCUGGAUCCCGAGGCCGACUCCGAGUAUUUAUCCCGCUAUCCCAAGUCCAGGAAGGAGCCUGAUGCUGUUGAGAAGCGGGGAGGAAAAAGUGACAAACAGGAGGAGUCAAGCAGGGAUGUGAGUUCUCCAUACCCUGGGACAGAGACGAUGGGGCUCAAGACCUGUGCAGGUGAAUCCAAGGACUAUGCCCUCCGCGGGUGUGAUAGCGCUUCUGACCAGGAGGUGCUGCUGAACAUAGAAAACCAAAGACAAGAUCAAGAGCUGAAUGCCACCCGGCAGGACCAUGACCUGCCCCCAGCCGCCGAGAGUUCCUUGACCUUCUCUUUCUCUGGGCGAGAAUCCUCCUUCACGGAAGUGCCACGGUCUCCAAAGCACGCGCAGAGCUCGUCCCUGCAGCAGGCAGCCUCCCGGAGCCCCUCCUUUGGUGACCCACAGCUACCCCCUGAGGCCCGACCCAGUACAGGGAAACCCAAACAUGAGUGGUUUCUCCAGAAAGAUUCCGAAGGGGACACAUCUUCACUUAUCAACUGGCCUUCCAGAGUUAAAGUUAGAGAAAAAUUGGUGAAAGAGGAAAGUGCUCGAAACAGCCCUGAACUCGCCUCAGAGUCCGUAAGUCAGAGGAGACACCGGCCCGCGCCAGUCCAUUAUCUGCCGUUUCAGUCCGAGCACUCGGCCUUUGAUAGGGUCCCCAGCAAGGCAGCAGGCUCUGCACGACAGCCAAUCCGUGGCUACGUGCAACCCGCAGAUCCCGGCCACACUGCCAAGAUGGUGACGGCAGAACCCCCAGAACAUGUAUCUGAGUGCAGCUGGGUACCGUCAGCCACCCAGAGUGUCCCCAAACCUCCCACCUUGAAGGUUCUAGAAGGUGAGAGAAGGGAGAGCCCAGUUCUCCAUAUCUGUGAGUCAAAAGCAGAAGAAGAACAAGAAGAAGAAGGAGAAGAAAAAGAAGAAGAAGAUGUGCUCUUCACUGAAGCUCUCGAGCAAAGCAAGAAAACCCUACUGGCUUUGGAGGGUGAUGAGCUUGCGAGAAGCCUGGAAGAUCCCUCUGGAAAUGAGGACUUUGGUAAGCCUGUUGUGAGCACAGUCACCUUAGAGCAUCAGAAGGAACUGGAAGGCAUGGCGCGCCCACCUCAAGCUCAGCACCAGCCCACUGAGAGGACAGGCAGGAGUGAGAUGGUUCUCUACGUUCAAAGUGAGCCCGUGUCCCAAGAUGCCAAACCAUCCAGUCACAACAAGGAAGACUUGAUGAAAAAGCGCAAGGUCCGUGUCCGCUCCCUGUCAGAUUUCACAGGCCCCCCUCACCUCCAGGCCUGGAAGUGUAAGGACCCUGCUUCCAGGAGAGAGUCGGAGCUGCCCAGCCCCAAGGCUGAAGGGCCCUAUGGGGAGUUCGGCGUGCUGGACACAAAGGUCUCUGUCGCCCAGCUCCGAAGUAUGUUCCUGGCAUCUGCCAACGCCAGCAGGACACCUGAACUCAAAUCACGGGUGGAGAGGUCGGCCGAAGGACCUGGCUUGCCCACCAGUGUGGAACGGGAGAGAGGGUCCCGGAAACCAAGACGCUAUUUUUCUCCUGGUGAAAGUAGAAAAACUUCCGAGAGAUUUAGAACCCAACCUAUAACUUCAGCAGAACGAAAGGAAUCGGAUAGGUGCACGUCACAGUCAGAAACGCCAACUAUUGACGAUGAAGAAAAAGUAGAUGAACGAGCCAAGCUGAGCGUCGCCGCCAAGAGGCUGCUUUUCAGGGAGAUGGAAAAAUCUUUUGAUGAACAAAAUGUUCCAAAGCAACGCUCAAGAAACGCGGCUGUGGAACAGAGGCUCCGCCGUCUGCAGGACAGAUCCCUCACGCAGCCCAUCACCACUGAGGAGGUAGUCAUCGCGGCCACUGAACCUAUCCCCGCUUCGUGUUCUGAGGGCACCCACCCUGUAAUGGCGAGACUUCCUAGCCCCACUGUAGCUAGGACCGCUGUGCAGCCUGCCAGAUUACAGGCUUCUGCUCACCAAAAGGCUUUAGCCAAAGACCAGACAAAUGAGGGCAAAGAGCUGGCUGAGCAAGGAGAACCUGAUUCCUCCACUCUAAGCUUAGCUGAGAAGUUGGCCUUGUUUAACAGAUUGUCCCAGCCAGUCUCAAAGGCGAUUUCUACCCGGAACAGAAUAGAUAUGAGACAGAGGAGAAUGAACUCUCGCUAUCAAACUCAGCCAGUCACGCUGGGAGAGGUAGCACAGGUGCAGAGUGGAAAGCUUAUUCCUUUCUCGCCUGCUGUGAACACAUCGGUGUCUACAGUAGCAUCCACGGUUGCCCCAAUGUAUGCUGGGGAUCUUCGCACGAAGCCACCUCUUGAUGACAAUGCAAGUGCCACUGACUAUAAGUUUUCUUCUUCAAUGGAAAAUUCAGACUCUCCAGUUAGAAGCAUUCUAAAAUCGCCAGCUUGGCAGCCCUUGGUAGAAAGUAGCGGGAACAAGGGAACGUUGAGAGAAUGUGGAGAGACGGAAAGCAAGAGAGCUUCGACAGGUCGAGACAGCGGGAUGGAGAAGUAUGGGUCCUUUGAGGAAGAAGCAUCCUACCCCAUCCUGAACAGAGCCAGGGAAGGAGACAGCCAUAAGGAACCUAAAUACAUCCCCAGGAAAGGAAGCCUGGAACGGGUGAAUCCUCCCAUCAUUCACCUUGGGGAUGAACCAAAGGAAUUUUCCAUGGCUAAAACAAGUGCACAAGGAAACUUGGACCUGAGAGACAGGCCGCCCUUUGAAGAGAAGGUAGAGGUGGAGAAUGUUAUGAAAAGGAAGUUUUCACUAAGAGCGGCGGAGUUCGGGGAGCCGGCUUCCGAGCAGACGGGGGCAGCUGCUGGGAAAACGGUGGCCCAGCCCGCAGCCCCCGCGUCCUGGAAGCCCCAGGAUUCUCCGGAACAGCCACAGGAGAGGCUCUGCAGGAAUCCCUGUGCGAUGUUUGCUGCUGGAGAGAUCAAGACGCCGACGGGGGAGGGCCUCUGCGACUCACCCAGCAAAACCAUGUCUAUUAAAGAAAGAUUGGCACUGUUGAAGAAGAGCGGGGAGGAAGACUGGAGAAACAGACUCAGCAGGAGGCAGGAGAGCGGGAAGGCGCCGGCCAGCAGCCUGCACACCCAGGAAGCGGGGCGGUCCCUCAUCAAGAAGGAAGAAGGAGGAGUUGCAGAUGAUAGUGCCAUUUCUAACCUGCUUUGGGUAAGCCUGACUCUAACACAGGUGUCCUCUAGAUGGUGGCUGGAGUCACACGUCGCGUGGGUGAUUCUCAUCCUGGGUGCUCCUUCGGGCGCCCUCCCUGUGCUCUAUCUCCAGACCAGACGCAGCUUUGUCUGCAGUGGAGAGCUGAGCCCACGCCCUUAAAUUAUUUUUUUGAUCAUGUAACGAAAAUACUUUAAAGAAGGUGAUAUUUUCUGUUAAAUGUUAAAACUGUCAAUGAAAGUCAUCGUUCCCUCUCUGCAACUGACAAUCGUCUAUAAAUUAACUCAUUUAAUUACUGCACAAA